CCACUCAUGCAGUAGGUUUGUGUAAUGCUGCGUCGUCGAGUGGUUUUGUAAUUUUACAGAUUUAUGAGAUUUUGGGCUCAUUUUGUUGAAAUUGGCGUGACAGUGAACGUCUCACAGUGGGAUGAGCGGACUGUGGGUGAACUAUCUGCUCCCCUGUCCGUCCGUCCUGUCGGUGCCCGCUUCAGGUGUCACAUGAGAACAGCGGGGGCGAAGAGCUGACAUCACAAACGAGUGUGUUGAAACUCCAUGUGACUCAUAAUUAGCCGCGCCGCUUCCUUCUACCGCAUUACAGCGGUGACACAUCUGGAGGAAUUGGCGACGUGACUCUCGGUCCGACGGAAAAUCACGAUGUAAAGUUAAGCCCUGAACGCGUUCCAGCGACAGAGCCGCAGAAACACGCUCUGGUGGCGUUGAAGGCGCCCGAGGAGCAGCAUCGAUCCAUUAUUGACAAUCAAUUCCCUCCAGUAUGAGAUAAUAGUCUCUGCAGCUGUGAUGUGUUUAGUGUCCUCAAUGUUUAUUUCUUUGUGUUCACAAAUACAGUACCUUCUAUACAGCUCAGUAGAAUGGGGUGGUGGUGGUGGUGGGGGAUUCAGCAUGGUUUAUAUGAUGCUUUAUUCUCCUCAACACAAACCGUCCGUUUAAUAAUAAAACUUGCUCUGUGUAUGUUUGUAAUCCCCAGUCUGUACAGUGAGGUCGUUGCUGGAUCAGCCGUGGAAGACUGGAUCCUCCUCCGUUUCUAUUCCUGGUCUUUGCCCUUAUUUGGGUCACGAAAUGCAAAUAUAAAUGACUUAACUGGAGGGUUUUGUGUCAGGGAGGCUUUCAGUGCUCCUAAAUCGGCCGCUGUUCUCUGAAUGACAUCGAUCGCGGCCCGAAGCCUCGCUCUUCGCGCGCGGCCUCGCGUGGAGCGGCCCUGAACCCACACACAGAGCGACGUUGUGCCGAGGGACGCACCAGACGAGGCUCCGGCCUGUUUGUCGCUUUUGUUCCGCCGUCAGAAUAAGUGUCUUUGAAGAGCAUUCACGACGUGUGUGAAUCGUCGGCAGCGCGAACAGACGGAGUUCAGUUCCUUUUGUCUGUCUGCGAGACAAGCGCGUUUAACGCCUCUCUCUCGGCUCAAUGGCGUCGGCUGUUCCUCACGCGCAUCCUCCGGGUCCUUUGGGACCAGCGUUGUCUGUCGACGGAGCCGUCGCCGCGGCUCCUCUCCUCGCGCGGGCUUGCAGUCACUUCACAUUCGCCUGAUAGAGUCGGUUUGCGUGAAUGGACGUCAUGGGACCGGGAGCUGGCGGCGAGACGAGGAGACGAACAGAUUAGAAAAGUUAGAUGGUGUCUUUAUCCUCAGCCUACCUGCCCACCAGAGGUUGCCCGUGUGUGGGUGUGUGUGAACAUGUUGGAUUGAGCGCGGCCGUGCACACACACACACGCACACACACACACACACACACACAUACACCGCUCAGAGACCGCCUGUCCCACGAGGCGCCCAGCGAUGCGGGGAGCUCCGUCCUCCGCGCUGCAGCUCCUGCUGCUGCUGCUGAGCCGCGCGUGUGCGGCAGGCGCCGACCCGCUCCGAACGCCCCUGGACCCGGAUGUGACUCCACGCAUCACCGUGCUGAGCAGCGGGCUGCAGGGCUGCAGGCGCUUCCGGUCCUCGGCGCUCAACUACAGCACCUUGCUGCUGGAGGCGGACGGCGAGCGCCUGUACGUGGGGGCCCGGGGGGCCGCGUUCGCCCUCAACGCCUCGGACAUCGCGGACCGCUCCGCUCGCACCAUCGUGUGGGAGGCCUCCCCCGAACAAAAGCGCCAGUGUAUGCUGAAGGGAAAAGACAAUAAGACAGAGUGUUUUAAUCACAUCCGCUUCCUCCAGAGGUUCAACUCGACUCACCUGUACAUGUGUGGGACUCAUGCCUUCAAACCCCUGUGUGCGCACAUAGAGGAGAAGAGCUUUGUGAUGUCGUCUCAGCCGGAGGAGGGCAAAGACAAAUGUCCGUAUGGGCCGAGAACAGGCUACACGGCCCUCAUCAUCGACCAGGAGAUGUACUCGGCCUCUCGCUACGAGUUUAGGAGCUACCCGGACAUUCGCCGCAACUCUCCAGCCCCCACGCUGAAGACGGACGACGGGCCCACGCGUUGGCUCAACGAUGCCAACUUCGUGGGCUCCACUCUCGUGAGGCAGCGCUCGGGCGCCGGCGACGACGACAAGAUCUACUUCUUCUUCACGGAGCGGAGCCCGGAGCGGGCGACGGGCAGCGGCCACAGCAGGGUGCCGCGGGUGGCGCGGGUGUGCAAGGGGGACCGCGGCGGCCACUUGACCCUGCAGAAGCGCUGGACGUCCUUCCUCAAGGCCCGGCUGACGUGCUCCCUGCCCGAGUACGACUUCCAGUUCAACGUGCUGCGCAGCGUGCACGUGGUGCACGCGGACGCGCUCCUCUACGGCAUCUUCGGCCUGGAGUGGAAAAACGUGAAGGCGUCUGCGGUGUGUCGCUUCUCUCUGACUGACCUCCACGAGGCCUUUGACGGUCCCUACAUGGAGAACCAGAACUCGGGCUGGAAGGAAUACACUGGAAAGAUCCCUGACCCGAGGCCUGGAACCUGCAUAACAGACGCUCUGAGGGCCCGGGGCAUCAACGUGUCCACCUCGCUGCCCGACGACGUGCUGUACUUCGUCAGGAGGCACCCUCUGAUGUCCCAGGAGGUGCAGCCGUCGGACAGACGCCCCCUUCUGUUCAGGAGGUCCACCCACUACACGCACCUGGCCGCGCACACGACCCAGGGCCUGGACGGGCACACGUACCGCGUCUUAUAUUUGGGCACAGAUGAAGGCUGGCUGCACAAAGCUGUGGAAGUCGGGGGUCACCUGCUCAUCAUCGAGGAGCUCCAGCUGUUCGACGAGCCGCAGCCGGUCGCCAGUCUGGUGAUCUCCGCAAAGCAGAUGUGCGUGUACGUGGGCUCCGCGUCGGGGGUGCUCCAGCUGCCGCUCUCCUCCUGCAGCAGGUACGCCUCCUGCUACGACUGCAUCUUUGCCCGGGACCCGCACUGCGCCUGGAACGGGGAGCGCUGCGUGGAGGUGGCGGCGCAGGCGGACAGAUCCGCCUUAAUUCAAGACAUCCAGAAUGGCAGCAAGGGAUGUGAGAACACACAAAAUGACGUGGCCCAGCGGAGCCGCUCGGUGCGGGUCGGCGAUGACGUGCUGCUGCAGUGCGAGCUCAGCUCCAACCUGGCGACGCCCUUCUGGACCCUGGACUGCAGCGAGCUGCAGGGCUACGACCUCACCUCGGGCUUCAGGACCGGCACGGACGGCCUGCUGAUCAUCGAAGCGCGCCGGGACCAGAGCGGCCUGUACACCUGCUACUCUGUGGAGAACGACGUCAAGGUGCCCGUCGUCACCUACAACGUCACCGUCCGCCCGGCGCCGCCUCCUGCACCCGCCGUGCCUUCCGAUGACUUCCUGCCUGCACCUACUGAGCUUCCGAACUCCAUGAGGCCCUUCCCGUCGCCGCCGGCCCCCCUCCUCCCCCACUCAGAGAUGCUGUCCCCCAGGAACAUGCAGGCCAUGUACCUGUCUCUCAUCACCUUCCUCGGGGGCCUGUGUGUGGUCCUCACCGUGGUCCUCAUCUACGUGGGCUUCUGCCUGCAGGCGGGCCGCAGGGGCAAGUACUCCAUCCGCGCCGCGGCCGCCGCCUACCCGAAGCGCCGCAGCCGGAGCAGGAAGCAGCAGCGGAGCUGCUCCCGCGCCGGGCCGGAGGUGAAGACCAUCUCAAGCCACUGCAACGGCAACGGCGCCGUCCAGGACGGCGGCUUCCUGCAGAUCGUGCCCGGCGAGGGUCACACGCCGCCGGCGCCCCCGCUCCCUCCCACGCCCCCGCGGCCGUCCGCAGAGUGCGGGCUGUCGGCGACGCUGCCCAGCGUGCUGAGGAGGAUGAACGGGAACAGCUACAUGCUGCUGAGGCAGGCCGACUCGGAGAGCGCGUCGCCCGUCGGAAACUCCUUCUCCGAGGAGCUCAACAAGAUCUUGGAGAAGAGAAAGCACGUUCUGCUGCUGCCCAAGCCAGAUGAGAGCUCCGUGUAGAGACCUGCAGCGCCCCCUGUGGUGGGAGGACUGUUUUUAGCCGGUGCUGAAGUGCCUGUCAUACAACUCGUUAAGGACCAAAGCAACGAGUCUGAUUUAAUUUUCUUUACAUUGGAUUUUUUUUUUUUUGCGCAAACCUCCGAGUCUCAAGUUAUUGAGACGUUCCUGCUUUUUAACAUCUAGAGCUGUUUUUCAACCUUUAAUCCCAAAUGUCCUGAAAUAUUACAAGUGAGAAUGCGACAUCCCAGUGAUGGACUAAGCACAAACUAGAUAACAAGUGUAAUCUACCUCACCUCAGCACUGCCUCGAAUAAAAAGACGCGUCCAGUCCCAGAGUUGCGAGGGCCGAGGUCAGAGUUACAGGCGAAUCUGUGAUCUGCCACGCGGCCUCCAGCGAGCUGCAGAGCCCCAUGUGAAUACAAAUACGCACGUGUUUGGCUCAAUUGAAACUGGAGGGCAGCUAGCCAGUGUUUGUUUGGACUGACAAGUGCACAGAUGGCCUAUGCAUUUUUAAAACACAACAUUCGCCUCUAUUAAAUAUUGAGGCAAGGGACGCGGCGAGGAAUUUGGCUGCAGUGAUGUUAUGUUGAACACGAACUCACACCUUAUAGUCAGCAGCACGCACAUAACACUCACCCAUGGAACAUCGAGCAUAUUAUUACAUUUGGAUAGUUAACCAGUAAUAAAAAUUGUAUUUCUUAUAAUUAUUGAUUAAUAUCAAUACUAAAAUGAUUAAUAUUCAGUAUUAAUACUAAAUCAAUAUGAAAUGAGUGACCUUCUACUGCCACAGUUUAAGUUGUUUUAUCAACUAUAAGUUAUGAGUUGUUUUAAGUAUUUCCAAACACUAAUAAGCUUUUACCAUAUGUUCCUAUUUGUGUGUUGAUUGGUAACAAAUGAGCAUAAAGUUUGGUUCAUCAUAUGGAUAAAGAGCUGAACCAAGAGAGCUUCAGGCAAAUAAACAAGGAAUCAUGUUCUUAAAGCUUACAUUUAUAAAAUAUUAAAUAGUGACUAUUUUUCCAAAUAAUCGGUGUAGCUAUGGUGUGGCAGUAUUACUGAUUCAUUAUGUGCACUUUAACUGGCAGAUGUAAAGCACUUAGCGCAUGCUAAUAUGGAAUUUGAAGGAGCAGAGGCCCAGAGGAGCUUUCUGUUCUGACCGGACCGGACUCAGCGUGAAGAGGGACAAGCUGCAGCUGUGCCUGCUGGACCUCGUUCAACUCGAGUGGGUCCGAGGGGGUGGGGUGGGGGGGGGGGGUGCAGCUGAGUCUGACACCACCGGUCAGCGGCACCGUGCACGAGACGGCAACACGAGCUGGCGGCCAAACGCAUCCGAGGUAAAUAGUUUUAGGUCUCACGGACACGUCUCCCACACAAACACGAUGGUUGAUUAAAAAGAUUAAAAGAAAUGCAUCCGAGUUGCACCGGAUGUGUUGUGAUGACUGGUACAGACGUGUUUAUGGACGGACUAACUGUUGAUACGACUUCUCGGCCGUUUAUCCUGUUUGCAAACGCUUCGGUUUAGACAAUUGUAAAUCAAAAAGCACGUGCUGUAAUAUAAGUCACUAUAUUGCACCACCUCAGCACGAUCUAUGCUGUAAGCAGAGGCUGUUCAGAGCUUGGAAUGUGACUUGAACGAUCAGUUUAUUAUUACAACCAAGCAAAAUGUCUUGAUCUUACAGAUUACAGUCAAUCUGCCAAUCAGCCUGACGCUCCCCGUGUUUUACUUUCAUUGCCGACCUGCUCUUUUGUCAGAGGGCAGGACUAAUUAAACAGUUGUCUCGCGACGACAGGUUUGACCUUAUCAACAAAGAGAGUCGGCGCGAGUUGAAGAUCUCCCCAGAGAUGCGCGUGACGCGAGACUCUGGUCGCUGUACGUCGACACAGUGCACGUGCCCUCCGCACGCGACCGCGUGCAGUCACACAUUGGAGUGAGUCCGUGUCAGGGUGUGAGGUGCACAAUGGUCUCGAAGGCGAGCUUCUCGAGCUGCAGCGGCGGCGAUCAAAGGCUUGAAACGGGAGCCACGUGCGUCUUUAAAGCAUCUCGCCUUCAUUACAGCGCAAGAUAAUGCGAACACGGGAGCGGAGGGUUAUUUGUCAGGUUUCCACUGCAAAAACACUUCAAAUACGUGCGGGUAAUAUGUAAAUGUGUUGGCUUUGAGCCCGGCCCAGGCGGCAUAUGCUGCAGUGGAGACACACGGCUCGCACCAACGCUUCACUCAGCCUUCGCGUCCCUCUCGCGCUUGCCUGCAGGUGUGACGUCAGCCUGGACGCCGCCGAUCGGCGCCGGACUGCGGGACCGACCCGAGCCGAGCCGGAAGCCGCUAUCAUUAGCGGACGCUGGGGCCGAGGAGGAGCAGAGGCCGGCGGAGCGGCUCCGCGUCCUCGCGCGUGGGACGGAGAGCGUCGGCUGCAGUGUUCCAGCAGACAGUGGCUCUUUUGUGCGCACAGAGUGCUCGUGUCUUUGUUGAAUGCACAUUUGUUAGACCAAACUCACUAUAAUGACCCUUUUCUCACACUUGCUGCAUGAAUUAUGUUUCAACACUACAACACUAUUCUCCUCAGUUAAGGAAACAAGUAUAGCUCAUUGUAAUGGUGAUGGAAAGUGUGGCUGGUGGCUGAAAAGUUCUUUGUGAGCUUAUUUUAGAACUGUUGUUUUAGACAUUGACGGGGUUUUACGUUGCACGUCGUGUUUUAAAGGUCAGUGUUGCUUUUACACACUUUACCUGUGUUGCAGAAGAUGUGAUAAAUAGAAGCAUGGUAGCGAACACGCAUGCAGAGUCUGUGCCAGCACGACGGAUUAAUAGUAAUAACCAGCAGUUUACUUAUGUCCUAUAACCUAUUUAAAGUCCCUCAGUUUGUCUCUAAUGUAAAUUAGUUUAGUUUGCAUGCUUCACCAAAUCAAAUGCCUUUACCAGCUUCACUGACUAGCAGGGCAGCGUGUUCCUGUACAUUUCAGCCACAAUAAAACUUUCUACUUUA